UAAUGUACCUCGAAAUAUCGAACGGCUAUCGCCCCGCAAAGUUCCACCCUACUCACGCGACGAUCUCCGCGCUCGUUCACCUCUUCGAAUCUACGCGGCCGAGGUUGGUCCUCGUUCUCUUCAAGUGUGUCCGGGUGCAGUUGCUAUUCAUUGCUCCUUGCGCCCACUUCCAUCUGUCGCCUUGUUUUUCUCUGUUCUAUCCCAAAUCCAUCCCCGUUCCAUGCCAUUGGUUGCCUUUGCAGGUCGCCGUGGGGUCGUAAGAACGCACCGUCUUGUGGCUAUCUUCAAUCUCUGACCAAUCCGUAACGCAUGUCGAAGCAGAUUACCACAGAACGUCAAAACAGGUAUGACAAGAAGCAAACUGUGUCCACAAUCCGCCUAAUGGGCCGUAAAGAAGGCUCAAUGCGCAGAGUCUUGAAUAUGAAUGACGUCAAACGAAGAUGCAGGGUGCACAGCUAAUAAGCAAGACUCAUCUACGGAGCGGUGCUGGGUCAAUUACUGAGCUUG